AAAGAAACCGGAAACGCGAGAAAACAACAGUCAGCUGACUAGUUUCAGCAUUCUGCAGUCCUCAGCUGCUUUUUAAAGGUCUUUCUUGGAGUAUUUUCAAUAAUUUUGGACAAGUUGGUGGAAAAGGACAGCGAUGUUGAGACCGAAAGCGUUGACGCAGGUUCUCAGCCAGGCGAACACCUGCGGCGUCCAGAGCACCCUCCUGCUGAACAAUGAAGGGUCUCUCCUGGCGUACUCCGGUUAUGGAGACACCGAUGCUCGAGUGACGGCUGCCAUCGCCAGCAACAUCUGGGCCGCCUACGACAAGAACGGCCACCAAGCCUUCAACGAGGACAAGCUCAAGUUCAUCCUCAUGGACUGUAUGGAGGGAAGAGUGGCCAUCACUCGGGUAGCCAACCUGCUGCUGUGUAUGUACGCCAAAGAGACCGUGGGCUUUGGGAUGCUUAAAGCCAAGGCAGAGGCGCUGGUGGAGUAUCUGGAGGAACCAUUAACUCAAGUGGCAGCGUCGUCGUAAAGACACAACCGAAGCUCGACAUUCUGUCUGCCUGGAAUAAAAACAGAAAUCUAAUCCAGUCCCUCCUGGACUCCUGUAACCCUGACUCUUCAAUAAGUACACGGCCCGUCACGUCUCAGGUGUGUGUGCUUCUGAAAGUACCUGCUUUCAUGUAAAUAGUCAGGUGGGCGUCGUCUGUUAAACCUGCUGAGAAGUGAAUCAGCGUCGGUUUAUUCUUUUACAGUUUUGUCGUUCGAGGCCAAGCUUCAGGAGCUAAAAGCUUUGGUGAUAAAUGUGUGGAAACAUUUGUAAGAUUUUGUCUAAAAACUGCAGUUAAGAUUAUUCACCUGUGCUUUAUUUCAAACGUGUUAAAUAAAGAAAACACUGGCUAAAUGUCA